CUUUGAUUUUUUGAUUGUUUUCCGACCAAAAACGAAAGGUAAAAAUGAAAGCAAUGAGAAAAUGUAAAUGGCGGAAAACUAAAAUUCAUAUUUGACCUGUUAAGAGGCAGCUAGCUAGGACCCUCAGUGCUUUCACUGUCUACCCUCCAGAACCAAAGCCCACCCCGAGAAACCUUUCCCUCCCAUUCCUCCCUCUUUUUCGCUUCACCCUUCUUUCUUUCCCUUCCCUUUUCCCUCUUAUUUCACUUCACCACCUUCUCAUUGAGGUGAUUGAACCCCGAAAGAUCUAAAACUGCCGCUGAACAAAACCCCUCAUAAACCCUCACUCGCCAAUCAUGGCGUCCGCUUCUUUUCUCCCGGCUUCAGGGACUUUGAGUGAAAUUGACAAUACAACAAGUGAUAAAUCUACAAGUGGGACGCUCUUUGAUGUGGAAAAUUGUGAUUUACAGAUUACAUCACUAUACAAGAAGAGAAGCCUUUCUACAACUACUGAUUUUUUGUCACAUUAUGUUUCAAGAAAAAUUAAGGAAUCUUUACCUAGUUUGCAUUCCUCUGAUUAUUAUAUGGAGCCUUCCUUGAAAGAUAUGGUAACAUUGGAACUCAUGGAUCCUGGUUUCUGCAGCCGCAUUCCAGAUUUUGUGGUUGGAAGAAUUGGCUAUGGUUGUGUAAAAUUUUUUGGAAAUACUGAUGUUAGAGGGUUGAAUCUAGAUCAAAUUGUGAAGUUCCAUAGGCAUGAGGUGAUUGUAUACGAAGAUGAAAGUAAUAAGCCUAUGGUUGGUCAAGGCCUUAACAAGACUGCUGAGGUAACUUUGAGGCUUCAACUUAAACAUUUAAUCUUGGAAAAACAGGAGGUAGAUGGUAUUGUUAAGAAAUUAGGAGAGAGCAUGACGAGGCAAGGGGCACAAUUCAUUGCAUUUGACCCAGCAAAUGGUGAAUGGAAAUUCUUGGUUGACCAUUUCAGCAGAUUUGGACUGAGUGAAGAUGAGGAGGAAGAUAUUAUAAUGGAUGAUGCAACAGGGGUUGUCCAAGAUCCUGGGGAAAUGAAUGGUGGUGAGAAUUCUGGGAUUGAUGAAGAUAUGCAAAUAGAUACUAAUGGACUGGUGCUUUCUCAUUCUCUGCCUGCACAUCUUGGGCUUGACCCAUUGAAGAUGAAAGAAAUGAGAAUGUUGAUGUUUCCUGUUGAGGAAGAAGAGGAGAUUGAGGAUUUUAGAGGGGCAGCUUCUCAUCAGAAACCAGCCUUUGGCAAAGAAUACAUAAGGUCUCCUCUGCAUAACUCUAAUCAGAGGAUGAGUCAUAGGUCUAGCCCACCUGUUGUACGGAAAACCCCAGUUGCUUUGCUUGAGUAUAAUUCUGGUAAUUUUGAUUCAAGCUCAUCUGGAAAUGUUCUGAUGGUACAAGAAAAUAAGGGCAUGCCUUUAAAGACUGUUAAAAAAGAAGGUUUCAAGCUGGACCUCAAGCAAGAGACGCCUGUCACUGGUAGCCAUUCUAGAAACAUAGUUGAUGCAGCAUUGUUCAUGGGUAGAUCAUUUCGUGUGGGUUGGGGCCCAAAUGGCAUUCUUGUCCACUCUGGUGCACCUGUAGGUAGUAAUGACUCCCAGAGAGUAUUGUCUUCUGUAAUCAAUAUAGAAAAAGUGGCAAUUGAUAAAGUAGUUAGAGAUGAAAAUAACAAAGUAAAGAAAGAACUUAUUGACUUUGCUUUUGAUGCUCCAUUGAAUCUUCACAAGGCCCUAAAUUAUGAAGAAAAAGAAUUGGAAGUUGGAUACUUUAAGUUGAAGCUUCUGAAGGUUGUCUCUAAUCGCUUAGAGCUCUCUGAGAUUUGUAGGAGCUAUAUAGACAUUAUUGAGAGGCAGUUGGAGGUUCCUGGUCUGUCUUUGUCUGCUCGCUUGGUUUUGAUGCAUCAAGUAAUGGUCUGGGAAUUGAUAAAAGUUCUUUUUUCAGAAAGGGAAAAUACUGCUCAUCUGAAAUCUAUGGGUGCUGAUAAUGAGGAAGACGAGAUGCAAGAUAUCAAGGAAGGUCCUCCAGAAGUUGACCUGGAAUCACUGCCUCUUAUUCGAAGGGCAGAGUUUAGUUGUUGGCUGCAAGAAAGCGUUUGUCACCGUGUACAAGAAGGAAUAAGCUCAGUGAAUGAUUCAGGUUAUUUGGAACACUUAUUCUUUCUCUUGACUGGGCGACAAUUGGAUGCAGCUGUGGAGCUGGCUGCUUCUAAAGGAGAUGUUAGACUGGCUUGUUUACUAAGCCAGGCUGGUGGAUCAACAGUUAAUCGUUCUGAUGUUGCACGGCAGCUUGAUAUUUGGAAAAUUAAUGGGCUGGACUUCAAGUUCAUUGAGAAGGAUAGAAUUCGGCUUUAUGAGUUGCUUGCUGGUAAUAUCGUUGGUGCUAUGCAUGGUGUUAAGAUUGACUGGAAGAGAUUCUUAGGAUUGUUGAUGUGGUAUCACCUACCACCAGAUACUACAUUGCCCACUGUUUUUCAAACUUAUCAGCAACUUCUUGAUGAUGGAAAAGCUCCAUAUCCUGUUCCAAUUUAUGUUGAUGAAGGACCUGUCGAAGAGAAUGCAAAUUGGAGUAGAGUGGAACGAUUUGAUCUUUCAUACCAUCUUAUGCUUCUGCAUGCCAGUGAAGAGAGUCAAUUAUGCUCCCUGAAGACAAUGUUUAGCACAUUCUCUUCAACACACGAUCCGCUUGACUACCAUAUGAUCUGGCAUCAGCGGGCUAUCUUGGAGGCUGUUGGUGCUUUCUGUUCUAAUGAUCUUCAAGCUCUUGACAUGGGACUUAUAUCCCAGUUGCUAUGCCAGGGGCAGUGCCAUUGGGCUAUCUAUGUAGCCCUUCACAUGCCCUACCGUGAUGAUUAUCCUUAUCUUCAAGCCAUUCUUAUCCGGGAAAUUUUGUUCCAAUAUUGUGAAUCUUGGAGUUCACAAGGAUCACAACGCCAAUUUAUCGAGGACUUGGGUGUUCCAUUGCAAUGGUUGCAUGAAGCUAUGGCAGUUUAUUUUAAUUAUCAUGGGGAUUUGCCAAAGGCUCUCGAGCACUUUCUGGAAUGUGCAAGUUGGCAAAAAGCUCAUUCUAUUUUCAUGACUUCAGUAUCUCAUGCGUUAUUCUUGUCUGCCAAUCACUCUGAGGUGUGGAGGAUUGCGACGUCAAUGGAGGACCACAAGUCAGAAAUUGAAAAUUGGGACUUGGGAGCUGGAAUUUAUAUUUCAUUCUAUGUAGUAAGAAGUUCAUUGCAGGAGGACAACAAUACUAUGGGUGAACUGGAUUCUCUUGACAGCAAAAAUGCAGCUUGUAGGGACUUUCUUGGUCGUUUGCAUGAGUCUUUGGCAGUUUGGGGUGGCAGGUUACCAGUUGAUGCAAGAGUGGCUUAUUCAAAGAUGGCGGAGGAGAUAUGUGAUUUGUUGCUUUCUGAGAUUAGUGAGGGUCCUACGCGUGAUGACCAGUUAAGCUGCUUUGAUACCGUCUUCAGCGCCCCCAUUCCCGAAGACCUUCGGUCGAAUCAUUUGCAGGAUGCGGUUACACUAUUUACUUGUCAUCUUUCAGAAGUGGCGAGUUAGUUUGUCUUAAUCUGUUGAAGUUCUAUUUUGAUUUUGGUGUCUGUGCAGGUUGUAAUAGUUUUUGAGUAUUUUAUGUUACACUUAUUUCUUGUAAUUGUUCAGUAGGAUUCAUCAAAAUUCAGUGAAUAGAUAUCAAUCCAGUUGAUGCACAAACCUCUUUGCGGUUCUAAGGUCUGUAGGAGGGAAAAUAUUUUCUUUCUUCAUUCUUUUUUAUCAAAUCCAGCCUCCUCAAGUUAGGGUUUUUUUCACUUAA